AUGUCACACCACGGAUUUAUUACUGAGAUCAGGUAUUCCCUCAGAAGCUCAAUCUUAUUAAUGUCGAUAUCGCCAGACUCACCAUGUAGAGGUGCUGCUGCAUUCUUUCGCCAACCUGUGAACAGGACAGAUGAACUUGCAGCUCUGUCCCUAGUAGAAGCAAUCUACAAUUACAAUGUCAGGUGCUCGAUUUCUUCAAAUUUGCCUGCCAUUGAGUAUAGAAGUAGUGAUGGGGAAAUAGAUAUCACGCGUCAUGUGUUCAGAUGGGAUAAAGCCCCAUAUGAAUUUGUCUUUCGAAAUGGACUCAAAGCAAGGCGUGAAGUCAAAGGUUGUCCAGAUGAAAGUUACUUUAAUUUAGAGAAUUAUGUGACUACUGGUGGUAGGCCUCUUGACACUCGAAGUGACACAGUUCAUGUCUAUGUUAGCACUACAAUAAGUAGUUCCUGGUAUCCCAGUGUCAAACCUGGCAGCGUAGAUCUCUUGUACCGUUAUGAGAUAUAUGCUCCUGGAGGGAUAUGGGUUUCGCAAACAUUGGGCAACAGAUAUAGCUACAGUACCCAAGAUGAGGUUGCCUUUCCUGCUGGCAUUGCUCCUCAAUAUAUACGAUCUGCGCAAAUUUUCCAGCUCACGAAUGACAGGAACUGUACAAGGCGGCGACGAGUGAAUAACAUUCUAUACAGAAACAGGAAUUUCAAUCCUUAUUCACAUACAGAGAGGAUGCUCAGAAUACAGAGCCCAGUUUGCCAUUACCUGGACGAAAAUAAUCAGAGAAGGGAACUAGUAAUUCAGGAAGUCCCAGAUGGACAGUUGUCAGUGGACGGGGCAAAUGAUGAGGUGAAUAAGUACUAUACAGAGGGGGUCACUGAUGUAGACAAUUACGUCGACUCAGCAUUUCGAUCUACACGGAAAAAUGAAGCCUAUAUUUUCAUUAAGGAAGAGAAUGUUGUCAUGAACUAUGCUCCUGCAACAAGAGAUGACAAAAUAAUCAGUGGCCCAAAGUAUAUAGGUAAUAUUUUCCACUCACUUGUGGGUACUUCUUUUGCGGAGUACGGGAUAGAUGCUGCUUUUGGUUGCCAUGACAAUGACGGGCUUUUCCGUCCUAGUAGUGAAGCAAUGAUCUUUUCUGGGAAUCUUUGUGCAAGGAUAAAUUUUGCGCCACGGACCAGUAAGGACCGGAUUAUACAAGGUCCUAAAACCAUCAGGCAGAUGUUUCCGUUCUUUGAAGGGACCAACUUUGAGAAGGGGAUAGAUGCUGCAUUUGAAUCCACUGUGACGGGGGAAUCCUACCUUUUCAAAGGUUCAGAGUAUGCUGUCAUCGACUAUUCCAAGCUGAUACUGGUGGAGAAACGUCCCAUAAUAGAUGGGUUCAAGUGCUUUGGCAACUGCGACUUGUUCACAAGAGACAUUGGAGCUGCCCUUGCCUCUCACGUGCACAAAGACGCCUACCUGUUCAAGGAUAACAACUAUAUUCUUUUUAACUUCACCCCUGGGGAAUCGAACCACUACAUCAUUGGGGGUCCCAAGGAGAUCGUUCCUAGAAACUGGCCGUCAUUGAAGGGCAUCCUGCCCCGCAAGAACAAAGCACUAGAUAUUUACGAGGCUGCCCAACCAAACCCUGUGCGCGACCAGGAUGACUACAUUGACUAG